AUGGGAAAUGGAAAAUCAAAGGAGGAAACAGUCAAGGAGAAGGCCAGGGAAUGGCAGCGACAAAUCCGUGGCGAGUCACGGCGCAUAGACCGUGACAUCUCCAGGAUGCGUCAGGAGGAAGAAAAACUGAAAAAGGAGAUCAAGACCAUGGCGGAGAAGGGUCAAGCAGCGAGCGUCAAGACCCUGGCGAGGCAGGUGGUGCGAUCGCGGAAGGCGGUUGCCCGACUCGAGAGGACGAAGUGCUCGAUGUCCGCGGUAAACCUUCACCUCACUACCGCAGUCGCAUCAAUGUCCACGGCGAGUGCGCUCAAAAUGUCCUCCGGCGUAAUGAAGGAGAUGAACAGGCUGAUGAAUGUUCCAGAACUGCAGCGAACCAUGGAGGACAUGCGGCAGGAGAUGAUGCGAGCAGAGAUCGCCGAUGAGAUGAUGGAGGAAGGUUUCCAAGAGUCGGACGAUGAGACCGAGAUAGACUCUGCUGUCGCCAGAGUUUAUGAGGAACUCGCUCUGGACAAGUCCCAGCUCUUGGACACAGGUGCAGCUGCGGCAGCUCCAGCCCCUGUGGCAACGCCUGCCCCGGAAGCGACAGAGGACCCACUGAUGCAGCGGCUGCAAGCACUGCAAAGGUGA